AGCAAUGAAUCUCAUUUAUUCAACCCACAACACAGAAAACCGCAGCCCAUGGGUCUAGCCAUCAGUUUCGAUUGUCAACUCGCUUAGCUCGGCCGGCGCAGCGAUAAGCGGUUUCCUCUAAUUUUAGGCGAGUUGAUAAUUUUUGUGAUAAAAGAUGAGACACAUUCUGGCGUUGCUAGCACUAGUGGCUCUGGUUCACACUUCCGGUGCCACUCUAACGCCCUCGGAUGUCAAAGGGAAGGGUAAGAAGGUGAAGGAACUUAAGGUAAAACAGGGACCCCAACCGACGAGUGUUUUCGACCGGGGACUGAUCCAGGAGGAACCUUCGGCCAAGGAUAUCCUGGUGGAGAGCGGGGCGUACUAUGAGGAGACGGCGCUGAAGAACUUCAAGGGAACGGUGCUGGGGUAUGUCACUCCGUGGAACAAUCACGGAUAUGACGUGGCCAAAAUUUGGGGUGGCAAAUUCAACUAUGUUUCACCGGUGUGGCUGCAGGUUUUGCGGAAGGGUCCAAAGCAGUAUGAACUGGGUGGAGCGCAUGAUAUUGAUGCUGGAUGGAUGAAAGAUGUGAAAAAGGCAGGAGAGGCGAUCAAUAACAAAGUCGUUCCCCGCGUUCUAUUCGACAAAUUCACCGACAAGGAUUUCUCCCAGCUGCUAACGUACAGCGAGGAGCGCACGAUCGCCGCCAAGCUGAUUCUCAACUCCGUCCGUAAGUACAAAUUCGAUGGAAUCGUUCUGGAGGUAUGGUCCCAGUUAGCCGCACGAGUCGACGACGAAUACCUGGUGGGACUGGUCAAAGAAAUCUGCGAAACGUUGACCAACGCCAAUUUCGAUUGCAUUUUGGUGAUUCCUCCGGCGCGCAAGGAAACGUACGAUCUCUUCUCGCGGCGCCAUUUUGAAUCGUUGGCUCCGGCGGUGACGGCCUUCUCGUUGAUGACCUACGAUUACUCGAGUAUUCAGCGACCGGGGGCUUGCGCUCCGCUGUAUUGGGUGAAGAACGCCGUGCAGCACAUUUGUCCGGACAGUGCGGAGAAUGUGAAGGAGAAGCGGGCUAAGAUCCUGCUGGGAUUGAAUUUGUACGGAAGCGAUUACACUCCUAACGGUGGACAACCGAUCGUGAGUCAUGAAUAUCUGGGUUUGUUGAAGCAUCUGAAGGGACACCUGACGUACGAUGAUCACGAUGUGGAGAACUUCUUUGAAGUGAAAACUUCUAACGGUCGUCACAUGGUAUUCUAUCCGACGCUGUUCUCCAUCAACGAGCGGCUAAAGCUGGCCAAGGAUCUUGGCACCGGAAUUUCGCUGUGGGAAUUGGGACAAGGAUUGGACUACUUCUACGAUCUUUUCUAGUCAAACUUCACAACUGUAGGUCGUAAAAUAAAAGCGUCACAUAAACUAGAGUUUUCGAAAUAUUUCGUUUAUUUGGAAGUACUUUAAAUUUUAAAGUAGUUACAAUACAUCUUACAGGCUAGGAUGUCGAUUAUAGAUAUUUUAGGCUUAAGGUUUCUGUAUUAAGGAUAAAAUCUGUAAUUCUAGAAAAUCUUCUUCUGAGUCGAUAUCAUAAAUAAUUUUAUAAAAAAAAUCGAAAUAAAAUUUGAGCAUCUUCGUCAGCGCCCGAGUCGAAGAAUCCCGGAAUCUUUUAGUAGCAGC